GUCACCGCGUCCACGUGCAGUAUUAUGAAAACAUUGUCGGUUUCUGUGCUCUCGCUUUCUAAAGCGUGACAUCUGAAACCCUUUUCGUUGUAUUAUAACAGAUAAAAAUGAGAUGAUGAAUAAGACCAAGUGUUAUUAAAUAAAGUCAGUACAGACUCCGGAAUGAUCGCUUACUUUAUUAGAAGGCGACUUUUUGUUUUCAGCCGUGUGAAUGUUCACAUUUUUCCUCCCCGUGAGUUUCUAGAGUUCUAUAAACACUACGGGAAGAGCAGUGAUGGAGCUUCUGAUCCAGCCGAUGACAUGUUGCAGCUGUUACAGAGGCGGUUCUUCAUCCCUCAAGAUCACCAUCAGGCUGUGUCUUUACUCAAUGGGAAAACCUGUGCGUAUGGACCCUUAGGAGUGGAUCUCAAGAGGAACUUGUUAGAGCAGUGGUGGUCGUCAUUGGUCAGGUCAAGACCUCAGGUGUUUGGGAUAAGCAGCCUUCAUGGGGUUGGAGAUAAGGGUGCAAGAGAAGAAGCUGAGGAGCUUCUCAAGCAAAGGGAUUUGACUAAAGAGCAGCUGGGUGAAAGAGUUCUUGAGCUGAUUCAACGGAGACCACCUUUUCGGACCAGUCUCCUUCAAGGUGCUUUGGCGCAGUACGUCCCGUCCCUGGAGCUCGUGAACAGGAAGUUGCCGUUCGGUCUGGCUGAAACUGGUCUGUGUUACCGGCCUGAAGACAACGACUCGGAUGGAAUCAGUUGCUCUGCAGAGGUGACGGAGGCGUUGCUCGCGUGGUUCUGUUCCCCUCGUACUUCCUCAGAGUGGCUCGGCUACUGGACACGACACCGGCUACGGUGGUGGAGAAAGUUUGCUUUAGGGCCAUCUGACUUCAGCGUGUGUGACGUUCAGGAUGACGAGCUUCACAAGGACGCGGCCAGUGGAGUGAAGGUGCUUUAUCAGUUCCCCUGGGGCGCAGAGACGCUGGAAACACUGUGGAUGCUCAGUGGUGCUGAGCUGCUCAAGAACCACCAGGGCAGUCAGGCCAAACUGCGGUGCAGAGACGGGAAGAAAGUCGUUCUGCCUUACAUCCUCUCUCUCAGUGCGAAUGUGGACAGGGGAGUCCUGGCUGUCCUCUUUAACUCCUUACAGCACAUCCAGAAAGUAGACAGCAAGCAGAGACUUCAUCAGAGAACAGUUUUGAAGCUCCAUCCUGUUUUAGCGCCUGUUAAAGUAGCACUGGACGUGGGCAAAGGAUCCACUUCUGAGCUCAGACAGGUGUGUGAGGGUCUGCUUCAUGAACUCCUAGAAGUGGGAAUCAGUGCAUGGCCUGGAUAUAUGGACACCACGCAGUCCUCCAUGGACAAACUGCACACCAAGUACGACGAGAUGGGCGUGCUGUUUACGGUGAUGGUUGGAGAGAACACUCUGGAGAACGGGCUGCUGCUGGUUCGCAACCGUGACACCACCAUCCGAGAGACCAUGCACAUCUCCGAGAUCAGACAGUUUAUUCUCAAAUACAUAUCGACUGCUGAAAACAUCUGAUCCUCUACUUCACAGAUUGUAUUUGACCGUCUUGUUGAUCCGGAAUCUUCUUGGACCCAGUUUGUUACUUUGAAAAUGAAGAGUGUUAUUUCUUAUGUUAAGAAAUUUGUUAUUCAAAUGUACCUUGAAAUAUAAAUUUGUGGUGCGUUUUUAUUUCGCGAUCCCAGUGCUAAUUUGUUGGAUGGUGCUAACCUGUGAGAAGUUAGUGGUCAUGGUCUCAAACAUUCGGAAUAACUUGAUCAGAUUUUGCUGUCGGUUCCUAAACAACAAAAACGUGUAUUCAUGAGAAACCCAUCGCAGAACUUUUGUUGACAACAAAGUUCCCGAACGCACUGCAGUUACAGCAGAGAGAAGGCAAGCACCUGGAGGUUACAGUGAAAGUUGAAACGUUGGAGUCUUAUCUGUUUAAUCGCAUUGUACAGGUGAGGAAAUGAAAGAGCUGGACAGACAAAAGGACUAAAGCGCUGCUGCAUCGGUUUCACAGGUAAUUUAGGAAACAGUUCGCCAAAGUGCAAAAAUAGACCAAUAUAAUAUUGAGAAGUUUAAAGGUACUGACUGAAAAGUCAUCUGAAAUUUUCAAAAAAAAUGUUAUUGUGCGUGGCAUUUUCCGAUGUCUCACAAGAACAAUAUCAUGAGCAUGAGAUGUGAUCAUUUUGAUAUGCUGAGGGCCAAUUUUCCCCGUUUUGGGACUGUUUUCCUCCCUCUUGAGGUAAACGUGAGGAGCUUUAACUAACUAAUUAGAACUGCGUCACACCAAAAUGGUGACACGCAGAAAACAUCGUGACUCUGCAUUUGAGUCGCAGGGAUGUAACUUGUGAUUAUCUUCGCCAAAAGAUCCGUGAAGCAAAAGACGAAUUUAUCUCUUCUCUGUUACUGCUUUUGUGUUAUUUUUCUUUCUCUGUAAGAGCAAAACAUUCGGUGUGUAGCUCCAUACUCGCUGCCGUGGAGUCGAGCCCGUGCGUUCUAUGGCUAAGAUAGCUAAGCGCUAGCUAGAAUUAUUUAGUGAUCCGUCCAGAAAAAUGACACGUCAUCUAACCUUGCUCUACCUUCCAGCUGCACUCACUAGGCAGGCUUUCCUUUUCUUUUCCGCUGGCUUUUAGUUGGAGGGAGAGCCGAGUCCGCCAUGUUUGCCCACGCUGACUUGUUUUGGUUAAAAGUAGGUGAAAAACGCCCCACGGUGGUCACAUGAUCUUGUUCCUCACUUGCUUGGGCAAUCUCCGGUAUCGUAAAAUGCGGGACGCUUUUUAUCUCGGCAAAACAUUGACGCAUCGAAUACACGGUGUGUGCAGCAACGAAACAUCUUGAAACUCCAACAGAAGUAGUUAAUUUUGCCCAGAAUUCAACUUUGCAGUCGGAACAUUUAAGUUAAAAAUUCUAAGUUGGAAUUGAAUCAUAAUAUAAAUCAUUUGCCCAACUGCAAAUCACAUAUUGAUUCUACUAAUAUGACUACUCAAUGUCAUGCAUUUGAAAAGUCCCUUCCCACACCAUGUGGCGCAUAUGGCGGCGCCGAUCUCCGUUUCCGUAGCCCUCGGCCCUCUCGCCUAUUACAUAGCUAGGGUUACAGUGGGGGGGGCUGGUCCUCUGGUAACCAUGAGAGUUUGACUCCCCACUCACAUCUGGAUUGCAGCGUGCCUUGCCAGACAGCAGUAGGUACCAUUUUUAUGAUGGUCUUUGGUAUGACCCAACCGUGAGUAGAACUCCCGAUCGAGAGGCGGACAUGCUAACCACUAGGCCAACUCACGGUUCAUGCACUUGAAAGCGUUGAUCAAACUGGAUUGUGAAAUAUCACAAAGGAAAUUAUUCUGCUCAAAUUUUGAUGUACAAACAAACCCAGAAAAGUAUGUAUUUUGUGUGCUUUGUACCAUUAAAGCUAGACGGCCUUUCGAUUUCAUAAAA